AUGAACGAUAAGCGAACCUUCAACAAGGGUGACUUCGUGUCCUCUCGAGCAAGCUACCCAGUGUGCGAUGUUCCAACUCCCCCAGAUUCGGAGGCCGCAAGCAUCCAAGAGUCUGAAGAGCAUCACGGUGUAGAGCAGGUUCCGUCAGUUCGGAUUCCAGAUUGUUUUGGUUCCAUCAUGGCCCCAAAACCCAUCGUCAACCCUAAUUAUUUCGCUGCGAAAGCUAAGGGGGAUCGAUGGAUUGCCCGGCACAUGGGUCUCGACAAGGCGACAGCCGCGAAGAAUGCGCAAGCUGAUUUGUGCUACCUUGCGUCCAUAUGGUCGGCAACAGCGUCAGAGGACCGCCUCGUCAUGAUGCUGGACUGGAACAACUGGGUGUUUUUCUUUGACGAUGAGUUUGACGAAGGCCGCCUCAAAACGGACCUUCCUGCCGCAAAGGAGGAAGUAAAGCAGACACUAGCUAUCAUGGAAGGCACCGCACCCCGGUAUAGCCCGGAGUGCAAUCGCGUGCGAUAUAUUUUCCAGACAUGCUGCGAUCGAAUCAAGGCAACAUCCGGUGAAGAGAUGCAACAGCGUUGGAUAGACCAACACAAGCGAUAUUUCGAGCAGCUCAUCGUACAAGUUGACUUGGAGGCUAGAGGUGCAACCCUCACAUGCGACGUGGAUGCAUACUUCAGGCUGCGUAGGGGCACAAUUGGUGUCUAUCCAGCGAUCACGCUCGCCGAAUGGGCCGGCGGCAUACAAGUACCCUCGAAAGCUUACGAUCAUCCAAGCUUGCAGAAAUGCAUGCAAGUCGCAGCUGAUCUGGUGAUACUUGUCAAUGAUGUGCUCUCCUACCGCAAAGACCUUGAUCUGGGUGUGGACUUCAAUUUGAUCACGUUGCUGAUGAAAAAUCAGCAUCUCACCGUCCAGCAAGCCAUGGACAGUGUUGGCGACAUGAUCGACGAUUGCUACCGCCAGUGGUUCCUCGCUUUGGCAGAUCUUCCCUCCUUCGGCGAGGAGGUCGACCGCGAGGUUAUGAAGUUCGUGGAGGUGUGCAGAGCGAUGGCGCACGGAAACUUAUAUUGGAGCUUUCAGACGGGUCGCUUUCUGGGGAACGAGGGCCAUGAUGUUCAUGAAACUGGCCUCAUGGAGCUGCCACCUGGAUUUGAUGACGCUCAUGAAGACGAGCCCCUGGCCACUCCAAUCGCAUCGCGACCGUACUCGGGAUGUCGGUCGUCUACAAAUGGAUUAGACUCAGAUGAUGGUGGCCAUUAUUUUGUUCGCUAG